AUGAGCUCAUUGGUGAGUGGGAACAGUAUUCUACAUAUAGCGAACCGAUUAAGCGAUCUCAAGAAAGAGACGCCAGAAGAAGAUGAGCAUUCAUCCCAUUUCCUUUCAAGUUAUUCCUCACCUGAAGCCAUAAUGGAUGACAUGAAUAUGAAAGCUUCUGUUGAUGAUGACGAUAUCGAAGAGGACGAUGAUAUGGAUGCACCAGCUGAUAUGGAGUCUUGUACUUUGAAUUCAAAUGAUCUGUCCACUGAUAAACUUCCAUUCUCCAUGUUUGUAGAUAAAAUUAAUCAUCAGCCAUCAUCUCCAUCCACAUCAUCAACUAAUCACAGUUCUGAUUCAGUUCCUUCGCCUAAUUUGGAUUUACAAUCAGCUGUGGCUCAGAUGCAACAACAACUUCUAGCAAAUCAACAGAAUUACGGCAAUAAGACAUGUGAUGAGAAUCAAACGUCCAACUUAGGUAACGACCAGAUGGUUACAAUGAGAGAUUUAGACUUGUUGCCCGGCUAUUCGCCAUGGCUUCGCAAUGCUGGACGCAAGAAGUCUCACCCUGUUUGGGAAUUUUUCAAAGAUCUUAAAGAUACAAAUGGAGCUGGCGGAGUUGUCUGUCUUCAUUGCUCAUGGACAGGAGAUGAUAGAAGUCCGAACAACCUACGUACACAUCUCAAGAAAUUUCAUACUUCCGACGGCAUUUUUGCUCAAUUCAGCCAGAAAUUAGCUCAAACUCCAACGCAGCCGUAUGUUAAACGAGCAAGAGCCGGAGCCAGUCUUCAACAACAGCAGCAACAACAUCAGCAGGGCUCUUCAUCCUCACAACCAACAUCUCAAGCUGAUGACGUUGCUUUGGUCAUACAACAGCUCCAAAAUGCAGCAAAUGGUAGUAAUUCAUUAAAGCCCAUAAACUCCAGUCCCUUCAACUUCUUGGAGAACCUUCCAAAGUCCAAUGAAGUCAUAAACAUCUCUGCUGGCUUCAUAAAGACUGAUGAGGAAGACGAGAGUAUUGAGAACGCUAACGAGCCAGGAUCCUCAGGUGCUUCAGCCUCAGGUGAAAGGGCCGUGUCAGACUCACCAAUCGAAGAAACCAGCGGUGGAAGUCCAUCUGUCUCAUCAACCAAUCAACUCAAUGCUUUCAUGAAUAUGGCAACGAAUCCUUUAGUUUGGAAUGCAAUGUUAGCAAACUCGUCUCAUGGAUCAGCAUUCUCGCUGAAUGAUGGUCAAUGUGUGUCAAUGUUAAUGAAAAUGGCCUUAGACUUAGAUUUGACUAUGUCAUACCAUAAAAGAAGGGGCGAGAUUGAGCUGUGCUUUGAGAGUAACCGAACAGCUGAGAAAUCUGGUGGGCGUGGAAAAAUUUUAUGUUUGAGUGAUAUGCAAAGAGAAAUUAGAGUAACCGAACGCGUUAACGGAGCUCCAACAGAUACAGAAUUAUGGACUAAAACAGAUUUUAACCAAUUUCAUUGGGCUAUCAGAGGCAAAUGUCAGAAGGUGCUAGUUCGAGCAUAA